AUGGCCGACGCGCCUGCCUCGUCGUCUCUGUCUCCUCCUGCGCACGCGUCACCGUCGCCUUCCGCUCCUUCUGCUCCUCGUAUGCUCCAGGACCCUCCUGCAGACAUGCCAGCAAAAAGCCGGCGCUCAUUGCGCCCCUCUUCCGCUGUCCGUUCCGGAACGUCCGAUACAAACGUCAAGAAUAAAGGCAGUCAGAGCUCAAGUUUCUCGUCCCCGCUCCCUCCGUGCCCCGAAGACCCUCCAGCGCCGCCGCCUCCUUCCUGUACCCCGCCCAAGUACCAUCCGCUGGAAGACGACGACGCGCGCAGUGUUGAGAGCGCGGACGACGUCGUCGAGCCGCCCACGUUCCCUACACCCCCACCUCCUCCUCGUUCUCCACCCGCGACAUCGCCACUAGGAACGCCACCGCCCCCGCCUCCUUUCUCUCCUCCAAGUGCUAAACUUGCAGUGGACUUGUCAGGCGUGCUACAAGGUGCAGUACAAGACGUUGAGGACCCUCUCGCUGCUGCAACUACUGCUGCUGCUGUUUUUCAAGCAAAAAGAGACGGAAGUGACGGAGAAGAGGGAGACGACGAGAUCGACGAUACAGGACAAUCAGCUGACGUGGCGUCAGCAGCUGACGUCCCGUCGUCGUCGUCAGUGGUGAUUGCGUCCAUGAGAAGUGCAGCAGGGGAAAAAGAGAUCAUGGCUACGGACUUUUUGCGGGAAGUGCCGAGUACAAAGCCCCGAUUUUAUAUUGGAGAUAUCGAGAACUAUAGCAUCAUUGACAAGGUCGGAUCUGGGACGUAUGGUGAGGUGUUCAAGUGCCAGCAUAAAGUGACGAAAGACAUUGUGGCGCUGAAGAAGCUGAGGCCGGACGUCGAAAAGAAUGGGUUUCCUGUUACCUCAAUUCGCGAGAUGAAGAUCCUCAAGUACCUGAAACAUCCGAAUAUUGUGGAGCUGAAAGAGGUCGUAACGUCAAGUGCUUCUCCCAAAGAAGGCAAAAGGCCGCCUUUGUACUUUGCGUUCGAGUAUAUGGAGCACGAUCUCUCGGGACUGCUGAACCACCCACGCGUGAAGUUUACCCGCACGCAGAUCCAGUGCUAUAUGCGGCAGCUGCUCACCGGUAUUGCGUUCAUGCACCGCAACAAGAUUAUUCACCGCGAUAUAAAAGCGUCGAAUUUGCUGCUGAAUAAUCAGGGCAUGCUCAAGGUGGGCGACUUUGGCCUCUCUAGGUUUUGGAACGAGGUAAAUGCUAAGGCCGGAAGAUACACAAACAAGGUUGUCACGCUUUGGUACCGGCCACCAGAACUGCUGAUGGGCUCAACGUCAUACGAUUUUUCAGUGGAUGUCUGGUCAAUCGGCUGCAUCUUUGGCGAGCUACUCGUGGGUAAACCCAUUUUGCAAGGAAAGAAUGAGAUUGAGCAGCUUCAAUUAAUAUUUGGAUGUUGCGGCACGCCGACAGAAGAAACGUGGCCUGGAUUUUUCAAACUGUCAGGGUCAGACAGUUUCCAGAUGGAUGACAAGUAUGUCUGCCCGCUGCGCAAGAGGUUUAAAAACUUUCCGCCGCACGCUGUGGACUUGCUGGAAAAAAUGCUGCAGCUAGAUCCUGCUAAACGAAUCACAGCUGCAGAAGCUAUGGACCAUGACUACUUUUGGCGUGUGCAAACGUGCAAGCCGCGAGAUCUACCGAAGUUUUCUGUAUCGUCUACACACGAAUACCAGUCGAAAAAGCGUCACCACGACGAGAUGGCAGUGGCCGCCGCGGUGAAUGGUGGCAAGACGAAAAGUGCCGACCAACAUCGCAACGCGCGUCAGCGAGGCGAGCAAAGUGGAUACCGUGAACGAAACGACUACUAUCGUUCCAGCCGCUCCGAUCGCAGCAGACCCUACCGCCCACAGCGUCCCAAUGACUGCUACGACCGUGGUCGUAGCCGGAGCCGGAGUCGCGAGCGCUACCGCGACCGAGGGGAUCGUCGUGACCGUGAAUACGAGCGCUAG